AUGGCGAAACGAUCCUGGUCAGACUCCAACGGGCCAGCUCCUCCUGGGGCCGCCGAUGCGAAUGCGACGCCAGCCCCUGUAACGCCUGCGCGCUCCAAUAGCAACGGCAACGGCAACGGCACGCGACAGAGUGGGAGCCGACAGAGCAUCGGUGGCAUUAUAUCCAAUGACCUCCCCAUCCCUCAGAUCUCUCGCAAGAUCAAGGCUUGCGCGGCAUGCCGGAAACACAAGGUGAGAUUUAACCCAGUGGUCCAAGAUCUUGAGCAGAUACAUUCCGCUCUCAGGCAGGUCAUGACAAAACUGAGUCUUCCUGAACUUCCUCCAUUGCAGAGCGCCAAUUCUCGAGACGCAGAGGGAACACCUCCCAAGGAAGACAAUCCUGCCAAUACGACAAACCGACUCUCCGCCUCUCAAGAAGAGCAUCAUGGCCCUUCGUGCGACAAUUCUCCAAAGGCAACCCCUGAAGAUGAAGGCCUCCCAUAUGUGCCUAUUCACUCCCUAUAUACUCUCACCAAACUUAGUGCUCUACGCUCACCGGAUAACUCGGAAGCUCAACGAGGUCGUGCCAUUGACGACUUCAUUGCACGCGGCGCCCUGGCCUUGUCUGACGCAGAGAGCUUGUUUGCUCUAUACCGCGAUCGCCUUGAUCGAUAUAUGUACGGCAUUGGCUGUCGAUAUAUGACACUAGACGAGCUCAGACGAAAGAGUCCGAUUCUAUCAGCUGCAACUCUAACUGUAGCUGCACUCCACGACCCCAAGGCCGAUGGAAUUUACGGCAUCUGCAGCAGUGAAUUCCGCCGACUGAUGGAGAAAUCCAUGUUUGAGCGGCGCAUUGACCGCGACUAUCUACGGGCCAUGUGUGUAGCCUCUUAUUGGCUCAGUGACCUUUCGUGGAUGCUCUCAGGAUACGCAAUUCGACGUGCUGCCGAGUGCAAUCUACAUAACAGCUAUAGCCAGGCCAUCAAGGAGCAGAGCCAGGAGGCAGCAGAUUGUGCACGGUUAUGGUAUAUCCUCUACAUCUGCGACCAACAUCUUGCGACUCUCUACGGGCGACCAUCUAUUGUUCAGGAGGACUCGUCUAUCCAGGGAUGGGAGAACUUUCUUGAGUCUCCCGUGGCUACCGAGGAGGAUAAGCGUCUUACUGGACAGGUGGCCCUGGUUAGCAUUCUACGAAAUAUCCGAGAGCUCUUUGGCACCGACAAGGGGGAGCGUAUCUCAAGGGUUUACCUUAGCCACAUAUCACAGUUCCGACGACAGUUGGAUCAAUGGUAUGAUCGGUGGCUAAAGGAACUGCCAGAACAAUGGCCUCAAAUCGGAUCGUUCCCUCGAAAGGGCACCAUCCUUCACUACAACUUUGCCCAGAUUCACCUCUACUCACACAUUUUCCGUGGACUGGCCAACGAUGAUCCGAUCCCUCAUUACUUCCUCGACUGCGCGUCCAAGGCAGUCACAGCUGCAACCGCCAUUAUCGAUCUCAUCAUCACCGAUCCUGAUGUGGCUGUAGGAAUCGUGGGUAUGCCUUCAUAUAUGCUCUCCAUGACGGCGUUUGCCUGCAUGUUCCUCAUCAAGGUUGCCCUCAAAUAUGGCGGGGAUCUCAUCGAGCGUCAGAGGGUGCAUGACUUGACGACUAGCCUGGUACACCGAUUCCGAUCUCUCAACGCUGGAAAGUGGCAUCUCGCGAACCUCAUGGCCGGCGGCUUAGAGCGGAUGACGGGGACCCUCAACUCGGUUGCGCCAGGGCAAGUCGGUCAAGCGCCCAACGGUGCUAUUCUCGGGAACGGUAUCAACGAGAAUAUCGAUCUCUCCAACCAGAUGCCACCGGGAGAUCGUCCAUUCACCGAUAUGGACGGUGACAUGUUUUUCGAUUACGACAUGAGUUUCGGUCUCUCGCCCGUGUUCCGGUUCGAUCCGAGCAUGUUCACCAUGGACGCGUCAGGCCAGUCGCUACCAACAUAUCCAGAGCCGGACUAUGGCAUGAGGCCACAGCCUUAAACAUAACCAACAGAGUGAAAAGUCGUUUUUGGCGUGGGCGUUUUGUUUAGAGUGAUGGAAUACCUGGAUAUUGAAUGUAUCAUACAAGUUUGGGAGGCAGGACAAUGGGUCUGACAAAUAAUUACAGCAAGGAAUCAAGUUUCAAGUCAAGAUGUGGCAGAAUGAACCUUUUGAAGUCAUUUACGGAGGGAAGGCCGUUAUCUGGACUAAACUACUGAUAGAGUGUUAAAUAGUCGAUCAUACACGACUCCUUU